AUGCUUAUUGCAUUUCAGGAGAACCUUACAAAUAUUCCUGUUGGUACACUCGAAUCUCGAGUUUCUCGAAAAUCAAAUCAACCUGUCGGUCAUCCUACAGCUUUAGCAACAAUACAAGAAAAACAUCUGAUUGAUUUAAUUAUCACGCUUCAGGAUUAUGGAGAACUGUCAACAUUUGAUGAUGCAUUAAAUUAUUCAGUAGAAUUCGUUGAUAUGAUGAAUUUAAAAUUUCGAUUUAAAAAUGGAGGACCAACACGUGCUUGGUAUUAUGAUUUCCAAUCAUCAUCAAAGGAAUAUCAGAACGCAAUAAAUAUUCUUGAUGAUGCUCUGCAAGCUACUAAUUCAGCGGUAUUAUCAACAUCGUGUACUUCUACUCAAUCAUUAGCAAGUCAAUCAUUUUCAAGUCAAUCUGAUACUUUAUUAUUAAAUACAAAUGAUAACUCAUUGGCUUCUUCAAGGUCCCAAGAGAAUGAUCAUUCAUUAGAUGACAUUGAAAUGAUUAUCAUGAAGGAUUUUCCGCAGUCAACAACAACAACUGCAAAAACGAAAAGGCGUCUUGUGUAUGGAACACAUGGGAAAAGUAUAACAGAUCUCGACGAGUUUGCUUUAACAGCAAUAAAAAAGCAAAAAAAAACUACUGAAAGACAAGUUGCAAAGAAGAGCAACACGAAGGAAACAACCAAUAAACAGAAACAAACUGUAUCAUUGAACAUACAUAUUUAUAAUGCUAAUGCAAUAAAUACAACGAAUGCAACACCUAUUGAUACUCAUACUGCUUCAUUAUCACCUAUUACUUAUAUGUUACCAACAAAUGUUUCGACAACAAUUUCAUCAUUACAGCCAAAUCUUGGAUUAUAUGCUCCUUUACAAAGUUCAACAUCUACGCAAUAUCAGUUAUGUUUUAAUUUUAUAAAACCAUUGGAAACAAUUAGCAACUGUAACCAAUGUCAUAGUAUACUUUGUUGGGAAUGUAGUUGCAAGAUUGAUACGAACUAUCAAAUUUGUUAUAUCUGUCGAUCUUAUUAUACAAUUCAACAACAAAACUUAUUUCAAUGA